CAAUUAUAAGUCCUCCCUCCAAACCGCCAUAAUGCCAACCAAGAAGUGGAUGUAAGUCCUGAAAAAAAAAAAACACUACCCCUCCCCCGCACUCCCGCCACUGCCACCACAUCUUAACUAACCAUACUAGCGACAAAAAAAACGCAACAAACUACCAACUUCGCCACCGUGCACAAACGGAUCCCUUAAUUCACGACGACCAAGCAAGCGAUCUGGUCUUCACCCAAGUCACUGCACCCAAUGCCUCCAGAUCCACCCCCUCCGCCACCUCACCGUCAAAAAUCAAAACAACCACGGACCUAGCCCAAGAACUCUCCCUCCCGCCCACCAGCCUUCGCAAAAAUGAAGGCGAGGCCGCAAUGCACGGAGUGUACUAUGAUGACACGGAAUACGACUACAUGCAGCACAUGCGAGACAUCAACGACGAACAAGUGUACUUUAUAGGCGUACGGGAGAAGUCCUCCCAAGGACAAAACAAGAAAAAGAACAAGAUGAAGUUGGAGGACGCAUUGCGCCUCCCUCAGGAAAUGCUCCCCUCGGAAGUGGAAGUUAAAAGGAGCUAUCAGGAUAUGCAAGACGUGCCCGACGCACUCAGUGGGUUUCAACCAGACAUGGACCCACGCUUGCGCGAAGUUUUGGAGGCGCUAGAGGACGAGGCGUACGUUGAAGAUGACGAGGAUGUAUUCGGGGAGUUGGCCAAGGGCGAUGAAAUCUCACCGGGAGAAUUCGCAGAAGAGGGGGAGGAAGAUGGGUGGGAAAGCGACGUUACUGAAAAACCGCCCAACAACACAACACCCGCAGGACAGGAAGGAAAAGAGCGAGAGGAGGAAGACUGGCACCGUGCCUUUAAAACCUUCAAAAACGACCAAAAAAAGAAGAAGGGUGGGAAAGUCACAUUCGACAAUGACUCCCUCGCUGACACCAUGAGCUUCGGCGGCACCUCAGCCACCUCCUCCUUCGGCGGAACAAUGAGCGUAUCGAGCCGCAGCCGCCGGAGAAGGAAGAAAGCUGGCACUGAGAGCUCGGGUUACUCAAUGAGCAGUUCUGCGCUAUAUAGAACAGAGGGGUUAACACUUUUGGAUGAUCGGUUCGAUAAAGUAUUCCCCCAUCCUUCCCAUGACAUGAAUGCGGAGACGUGAGACUAAUAGUGAAGGUGGAUAGAUCGAAGAAGAAUACGCGGAGGAAGAAGAGGGAGGUGACUUGGGGUCAAAUUCUGGCGUCGCCCUGCCAGAGACUAGACGGGAUCUGGAUUCGGUGCUGGAUGAAUUCUUGGAGGGAUACUCUGUUGGGAAGAAAGGUCGGGUUCGGCGCGGGAAAUAUGGGCCCGGAAUGGAGCAGUUGGACGAGGUUAGGAGGGGACUGGGGGCUGCGAGGAUAGCCUCUUGAUUGAUCGCAUAGCAUUGGCCAUGACCAUGAUAGACUAGCCACGGCCGCCUCGAAAUGGGUGUCGAGUGAUGGGGCUGUGAUUCUCAAUCUCAAUAUUUGUAAUGUUAACAUGAAUUGUGGGCGCAAGCAGGGCAUGAUACUUAGAUCUGGUGUCCGGGGCGGUUAGGCGGGGACUAUAUAGAAGCUAUUUAUAUGUUUUUUUUCACCUUCCG